AUGCAACGACUGGGGAGCACAGGGAGGCUGUUGCUGCUGACGUCACUUCUCCUGGGAGCCGCCGCCGCUGCCAACAGGACAGAGCUGGACGACAAGACAGGGUGGCCGCGCUGCGAGCCGGGCGGCUGGUACACGGUGUCGCACGCCGUCUACUGCGACCGCUACUACACGUGCCAGCACGGCGCGCCAUUCCUGGGCCAGUGCGAGGACGGUCUGGCCUACCAGUCGCGCGCCGGCUGCCGCAUGCUGCACCUCGUCGACUGCAAGGGCCGCCCCAAGCUGCAGCCGGCACGCGGCCACGGAGACUGCCUGCGACUCAACGGUGUGUACGGCGGCGCCUGCACGGCCGCCUACACGCUGUGCGUGUCCGGCAUGGCGACGCCCGCCACGUGCGCACACGGCUACCUGUUCGACAACGCCGCCAAGUCUUGCCGGCGGCCGCGCAACGCGCAGGAGCAGCACUGUGCACAGGGCCCGCAGCAGGUGGACACUCGGCCAGGUGUCCAGCAGCAGGUGGCGCCAGACACGACGCCGACGCCCGUUGCUACCACCACUACCACACCUCAACCUGCCGUCUCCAGCGGGCGACCUGUGGACACCACCACCCUCUCCACCCAGCCUGCAAGCAAUGCCACUACCCAGGAGACCGCGACACAGCCGCCACCUCCUAGCGACCAGAAUCCCUCUGCCGGAUACACACAGCAGCCGUACUAUCCAGACUAUUACUACUACCUGCCCUACUACUACACCAGCAACCAGCCCGCUUUCUACAGCACCAACACUGGCCAGGCUGGCCAACAGCAGCCGUAUAACAACCAGUACCAAACCCCCACGACCACUCAGGAGCCCUACUACCUGUACUAUACACAGCCCUACUACACGGAUACGGCGACUCAGUACUACUGGUCUGCACUGCAGAAUGGGGACUGGUAUUCCUCACCACUGUCAACAUCGGGCCAGUACAGCUCUCUGAGCCCGUCUACUGGCUGCGCUACGACGCCGUCCCCUAUCGGGACUCGGAGCCCGGCCAUUCUAGUUUCGGGCUUCCUCGAUCCGGUCCAGUCCUCUGUGUCAGUGCCACCACCAGUGAAGUCCAAUGCUGUGAGCCAGCUUACGACGUGCACACCGGAUGCACAGGGCUCAUCCAUUCCAGGGUUCUCGUGUCCUGCAAACAACCCAUUCCCGUAUGGCGACCACUCGCGACACGCGUUCCCGGGCUCCUGCCGCCUGUUCAUUAUGUGCUUGCGAGAUGGCUCGCACAAGGUCGGUGGCUGUCCUCCUGGCUACGCCUUCAAUGCAGAGUCCCGCAACUGUGAGGUGGCUACCGCUGUGCCGGGCUGCAGUGGUCGUAUCCUGGGCUCAUAA